AUGGCACGUGGUCCGGGUGCUUUCCGGAAUAGUUUGCUUUUGCAAGCACCCCGACGCAUCAAUACCGCGAGUUCCUCCUUUUUGAGGGGUCAUUAUCCUAUUAUUCAAGGUUCCCAAACUGCUUCCGAGCUCACCGUAGCUGCAAGGAUUUCAGAGCUUCAGUUAAACCCACAAAAACGCUGGUAUAGCACAUCCUCAAUAGCCAUCACACCAAUUAGACGGAAUCCGCUGCGUGAGGAAUCACAUUUUUUGCCUAGCAAGAUUAAUCUCCCUUCCUUUUCCACAGCCUCUUCGACUAAUACUUCCGGUACGAAGUCGAAGAAAGAGAACAAGUCUGGGAAACCGGGUGAAUUUAGCUCCAUUUUAGGUAAAACGAGUAUCAUGGAGUCGGGUGCAGGGGCUCCUACCAAACAAGGCUCCUCGUCCCCCAGAAAGAGAGGUAGAUCAAGGGUAACAAAAGGGAAGGUAUCGGAUAAAUCGGAAACGACAUCGGCGAGGGGAACAAAUCGCUCCGCCACGAAUUCAAAUGAUACUGACGAAGCCAAACCUCAUAGCCCAGGAGAUGGCAAUGAAGACUUCGCCUUCACCGAGGCCAUUGACGAUGUCUUUCAACUCCAUGAUUCUCCUGUAGCGAAUUCGCAAAAAGAGGGACUCGGGCAUGACGGCAAGAAGGGCGAGGAAUCCACAAGCGGCGAGUCUUCCUCGUCAUCGGACCUCAAAGGCGCGGAUUUUCCCUCUAACGGUUUUCCAAACCCUGGCGCCGAUCCUUUAGACUUCCUAACCCCCAGUUUAGAGAUGGAUGUGAACGGAAUGGGGUACGGCAGCGGCUUCGAGAAGGCCCCUUCGAAUGCGGCGAGCAAUCCGGAGAUGGAAGGCGUCCUUUCCGCCGUGGAUAUGCUCUGCGAUGAUUUGUAUUACUGCAAAACGGAGGUGUUGCGAUCGUACGCGCGGACGCGCUCGAUUACCGGGCGCACCAAAGCGGAACUCGUGCUGCGCAUCAUCGAGGCGGCAAAUCGCGCUGCGCACGGCGAAUCCGAGGAUCUCUCCCUCACCAAACGCCUGCUUGGCGACGUUUUUAGCGAAGAAAUCCGAACGAGCGGGUUGCGUUCGGCCUGGACGAAUAAAUCCCUUGAAGCCUCCCACGUCGAGCUCGCCUGCGAUCGCCACCUUAGCUUUGAGAUGAUGGUGAACUCCAAUAAAACGCUGAUGGCGCGGCGAAACUCCACGGACGCGAUGCGGGUGCUUCGGAAACUCUCGCGGAGUUUCCAGCAGGAUUACGAAACGCUUUCAAUGACGGCCGUGGGUGGGGUUUUUCGCACCUACAAGGCGGAGGCCGAUCAGCUGGUGAAUGGGCUUUCUCUCACGGAGGUGGUGAGCCCGUUUGCGGUGUAUCUGGUUUCCUACGUGCGGUUUGCGACCUCUCGAAAUUUGUUCAUGAGCACGGACGUGAACGAACAACUCGUGCAGCUGGAAGUCGUACAGCCAAGUGUGGAGGAAGGUGAUGGACAGACGUUGCAACGCAUGAUGGGGCUCUUAGACGACGUCGUUGCGACCGUGGAGCGGCGGAGAGGGUGUUAUGGGGAUCGAGUGAUUUCAUGGGGGCAGGAAACGAACGAGGUGCUCGUUUCCGACGCCCAGGCCUUUAGCGAGAUGGAUCAUGGAAAAUGGAAUACGGAGUUAGCGCCCGCGUGGGUGCACGAUCUUGCACGGAUGUUUAACAACUGGGAGGCGAUCUUGCGAACGGACGUGCCGAUUUUCGCGGACGUUCCUCGGUAUUUUUUUGAUUGCCUGUUAAACGGCGUCGUCUGCUACUACGUGCUUAAGAAGAUCUACGGCGACCACAUCACGUCGACUGACAUGCCGUUGGGCAUCCGACGGUCGCUUAAAACUGCCCUGCAGAGGCACUUUAAGGAUCCAGAAAAGGCCUUUAUGGCGAUUCAUGAGCUUUUAACCUAUGUGCAGGUGGAUGGGUGCGUAACCGCGACGCGUGGAAUUAAGGGCAGCUUUUUUAGCUCUGUUCUUUCUCAAAUGCAAGGGACCUUCAGCAAUUCCGAGCAGGGCGUCUUACAAAACGAGCGUGUCGCGGUGAUUCUCAAUGAAGUUUGCAUGACCGCCUCCCGUUGCACCCGUAGUUGUGGGCUCUUUAACCUUCUCGUCAAGAUCACGGAGGAUCUGCAGUUCCAUUUUCGUUUUCAGGCCAUUUUUAAGCUCUUAAACGCGAACGACCGCAAGACGAUUCGAACGAAACCGUUUAUUAACAUGAUUCAGACGCUCGAAUACUUCGAAAAGGAAUACAACAUGACGCCCAUCUCCACCAAGGCGGUUGGCUUCUUGGUCAUCCAGCUGCUUUAUAUCUCGAUGUGCAGUGGUGUGGAUGGCCGCGCGCCCGUCGUGGAGCGAUUCAAAAGUACGCUUGAUCGCGAGGAAUUGGAUAUCAUUGGAUUGACUGAUUUAGCCGUUACACAGGUGCGGGAUCUGCACAUCGCGUUUCCACCUCAGCUGUCGUAUAACUCGUGGCUGAACGAGUCGGAUACGAAGGAAAAGUCGGUGUACAACGUGUUACCCUCCGUCGCCGUCAAAGGCUCCACGAAUCAAGCCAUGCUCAUCUCGCAAGCCCCGAUGAUGCAAGCGCUGGAUGCGAUCUCACGCGUGCCCUGGCGUAUUAGUAAAUACAUGCUUCACGUGCAGGAGGCCAUUGUGCGGGAGGGGUUUGGUUUCGGAAAGAUUCGAGCGGGUUUUUACCCCCUCCAUUACUGCGCACUUAGUCGAGGGGAUAUGCACUACCCCUCCAAGCGUUCACUUUCUGACGGUUCCGCUGCAGACAACCUCAACGACGAUGAAAACGAGGAGGACGACAACAAAACGGAGGUCUACAACAUCCUCCAGCGUCGUCAGUACAAUUUACAGCAGAAUAAGGAUUGGAGAGAGCUAAGUGAGAUGCGGAGCAACCGGAUUCACUACCUUCAGGCCCUUCGGCAGGCCCGUUCGCUCGUGCAGUUUUCGCAUAUUUACUUCCCAAAUAGCAUGGACUUCCGUGGUCGGAUGUAUCCGCUGCCGGGUCGAUUGAAUCACACGGGUUCGGACCCUUUUCGAGGGCUUUUGGAGUACGCCGAGCCGAAACCGCUCGGGAAGACCGGCCUCUACUGGCUAAAAGUCCACUUGGCGAAUAAAAUGGGUAUGAGCAAACUCUCCUUCGACGAGCGCGUGCACUACGUGGAUGAGCACAUCGAAGACGUCGUGCAGAGCGCGGAGAGCCCCUUACGAGGGGAUCGUUGGUGGCAAGAAGCGAGCGAGCCGUUGCAGUGUUUGAUGGCGUGUAAGGAUCUCGCCGACGCGUUAAAAUGCUCGCAGGGGCCGGAGAAUUUCCUCUCCCGGGUGCCCGUCGCGGUGGACGGCAGCUACAACGGCCUCCAGCACUACUCUGCGAUCGGGCGGGAUGCGUUCGGGGCGAAGUUGGUGAAUCUCGUUCCGAGCCCCCGCCCGGCCGACGCCUACACGGGAAUUUUAAAAGAAAUGCUAAAAUCGAUCGAGGCGGAUGCCGCGCGGGAUCAUCAGGUCGCCCAACGUUGCCUUGGGAGCGGGAAAGGGCAGGAUAUGAAUCACAUCCGUCGAAAGACGAUUAAACGCCCGAUCAUGACGCAGGUGUACGGCGUUACUGGCUAUGGAAUGUCCGAGCAGAUUCUUGGCGAGCUCGUAAAGCAAAACCGCAGCCAUGGGUUGUGGACGAAUACGGAUAUGAGGGAGAUGGCGGCCUACCUCCGUGAGAAGGUGCUGGAAUCCCUCGGCGUCACCUUCCGCGAAACUCAAAAUUGCCGUCGUUGGUUGCGUGAGGUUACGGAGCUGAUUUGGUCCGCGCAGCCCGCGGAGUUGCGGAAUGAGCUGUGCUGGACGACCCCUCUCGGGCUUGUCGUUCGUCAGCCCUAUAAACUCCGUAAGGAGGCACCGCUGUUUACGUUUCACGGCUUCACCCGCAUCCCAGGGGAUGCCGUGGCGCCCGCGAGCCGAAAGCAGCUCACGGCGAUCGCCCCCAACCUCAUUCACUCCUUGGAUGCCACGCAUUUGGCGAUGACUGCGCUCGAGAUGCAACGCCUCGGGCUUUCCAUGAUGGCGGUGCAUGAUUCCUACUGGACCUACGCCUGCGAUCUCCCGCAGCUGUCGAAAACGUUACGGGAGCAGUUCGUGCUGCUCUACGGCCGCUACGACCCUUUGUGGGAGCUCAAAGGGCAAUGGGAGGAGGCGUACUUUAUGGAUCUGAGGCGGCAUGGCAUUAAACUUCCCGAUCCCCCGCCGCGUGGGGAUUUGGACCUCAACGUGGUCCUUGAUUCGCCGUACUUCUUCUCGUAG